GAAGGCGCAGGCUGGCCAGCCCCGAAGGGUGAGGUCCUUCCCGCGGGUGUCUGCGUCCACUCCCCGUUGCGCGGGGCCGCCCGAGCCGCGCCCCCGCCGUCCCCCGCGCCCGGUGGGGGCGACAGCGGGGACCGCACGGGCUGGGGCUGUUGAGUCCGCCGGGAUGGGCUCCGUUGGCCAGAGAGGAGGAGGAUGCGAGGCGCGCCCAGGUGAGCCAGGUCGGGGUGCUGCAGCCCGCAGCCCGGGCCGCGCCUGGAGCCCGGCGGCCUCCCCGCACGGGCACUGGAGCCGGCGCCCGAGGGGGCGGCGGGGAGGGCGCAGGCGGCGGCGGGGAGCGCAGCGGCAGCGGCGGCGGCAGAAGCUCGGCUCCGCGGCUGGGGGUGGCCGCUCCAGUCUGCCAGGGCGCCUUGCUCCGUCGCCUCGGGCAGCGGGACCCUGUGGGUACUGAAAUCCAGCUCACCCAUGCCUAUUUCCUGUAAUGGACGAACUUGAAUCUAAUGUGAGUUCCAAGGAGGGUUUCAGGUCAGUGGAGAAGGUUGUGCUGCUCACGUUUCUCUCGGCGGUUAUCCUGAUGGCCAUCUUGGGGAACCUUCUGGUGAUGGUGGCCGUGUGCAGGGACCGGCAGCUCAGGAAAAUAAAAACCAACUAUUUCAUUGUUUCUCUUGCCUUCGCGGAUCUGCUGGUCUCUGUGCUGGUGAUGCCCUUUGGUGCCAUUGAGCUGGUCCAGGACGUCUGGAUUUACGGGGAGAUGUUUUGCCUCGUCCGGACAUCGCUAGACGUCCUGCUCACCACGGCAUCCAUUUUUCACCUGUGCUGCAUUUCUCUGGACAGGUAUUAUGCCAUCUGCUGCCAGCCUUUGGUCUAUAGGAACAAGAUGACCCCUCUGCGCAUCGCAUUAAUGCUGGGAGGCUGCUGGGUCAUCCCCAUGUUCAUCUCUUUUCUUCCUAUAAUGCAAGGCUGGAACAACAUUGGCAUAAUUGAUUUGAUAGAAAAAAGGAAGUUCCACCAGAACUCUAACUCCACGUACUGUAUCUUCAUGGUCAACAAGCCCUACGCCAUCACCUGUUCCGUGGUGGCCUUCUACAUCCCGUUUCUCCUCAUGGUGCUGGCCUAUUACCGCAUCUACAUCACAGCCAAGGAGCAUGCCCAUCAGAUCCACAUGUUACAGCGGGCGGGAGCCCCUUCGGAAGGCAGGCCCCAGCCGGCAGACCAGCAUAGCACUCACCGCAUGAGGACAGAGACCAAAGCGGCCAAGACCCUGUGCAUCAUCAUGGGUUGCUUCUGCCUCUGCUGGGCCCCAUUCUUUGUCACCAACAUCGUGGAUCCAUUCAUAGACUACACGGUCCCUGGGAAGGUGUGGACCGCUUUCCUCUGGCUCGGCUAUAUCAAUUCUGGAUUGAACCCCUUUCUCUACGCCUUCUUGAAUAAGUCUUUUCGACGUGCCUUUCUCAUCAUCCUCUGCUGUGAUAGUGAGCGCUACCGAAGACCUUCCAUUCUGGGCCAGACUGUCCCCUGUUCAACCACAACCAUUAAUGGAUCCACACAUGUGCUAAGGGAUGCAGUGGAGUGUGGUGGCCAAUGGGAGAGUCAGUGCCACCCCCCAGCAACGUCUCCUUUGAUGGCUGCUCAGCCCAGUGACACUUAGUCCCCGGGGCAGUGACUCAGAAGACAGCCAUCCCUCCGAGAGAGGGCCAGGUCCUAAGCUGCUGCUUGUGCGUGACUGCACCUGGUAUUCUCUUCACUCGAGCCGUCUGUCCGUCCGUCCGUCGGGGCAGGCACCCCAUGCCCAGCGGGCUUUUCCUCCAGGAUUCCAGCAGGCAGCAUUUGAGGGCGUCAGGGGGGAGAACGGUCCCCUUGUUCACU